UGGUCUGCCAAACCGCCAUAAAACACCACAGUGCAACAACAAGCAGUAGCCUUUCAGCACCCAUUUAGCAGUGGUCACUCGGCAUCGCGCAACACAUAGCAUUGACCGCAAGAAUCACACAAGAUCAAUUCUAUACCCAGUAAAUUUUAAGUGUGCGGAAUACUCUUCCGUGUUUUUACUGCCACGCUGGGGCGAGUACAAUCACCUGAUCAGAGCACACCGAGCCGGAUAGGAAAACCUCCUAACAAAAGGGAGCAGAGCCGAGCCAAGCCAAACCCAGCCAGAAUCAUGGGGAACCGGGGGAUGGAGGAAUUGAUCCCCAAAAUCAACAAACUCCAAGACGCGUUUAGUUCCAUCGGGCAGAGCUGCAACUUGGAUCUGCCGCAGAUCGCCGUGGUGGGAGGACAGAGCGCCGGAAAGAGCUCGGUUCUGGAGAAUUUCGUCGGCAGGGAUUUUCUCCCUCGUGGCUCAGGGAUCGUCACUCGCAGGCCUCUGGUUCUGCAGCUAAUCAACAACAAAGCAGAGUAUGCUGAGUUCUUGCACUGUAAAGGGAAGAAGUUUGUGAACUUUGAUGAAGUCCGGAUGGAGAUUGAGGCCGAGACGGACAGGAUCACGGGUUCGAAUAAGGGAAUCUCCCCCAUUCCCAUCAACCUGAGAGUCUACUCGCCUAACGUGUUGAACCUGACUCUCAUCGACCUGCCAGGGAUGACCAAGGUUGCCGUGGGCGAUCAGCCGGUGGACAUCGAGCACCAGAUACGAGACAUGAUUUUGCAGUUCAUCACUAAAGACAGCUGUCUGAUCCUGGCAGUCACACCGGCCAACACUGACCUGGCCAACUCGGACGCUCUGAAGAUCGCCAAGGAAGUGGACCCUCAGGGUCUCCGCACUGUUGGUGUGAUCACCAAGCUUGAUCUGAUGGACAAAGGAACGGACGCACGAGACAUUCUGGAGAACAAGCUGCUCCCACUGCGCAGAGGCUACAUCGGUGUAGUGAAUCGUAGUCAGAAGGACAUUGACGGCAGGAAGGACAUCUGCGUCGCUCUGGCUGCAGAGAGGAAGUUCUUCUUGUCUCACCCCGCUUACAGACACAUGGCAGAGAGAAUGGGAACGCCGCACCUGCAGAAGACCCUCAACCAGCAAUUGACUAACCACAUUCGAGACACGCUGCCCGGUUUGCGCAGUAAGUUACAGUCACAGCUUCUGUCUCUGGAGAAAGAGGUGGAGCAGUACAGGAACUUCCGUCCUGACGACCCCACACGCAAGACCAAGGCUCUGUUUCAGAUGGUGCAGCAGUUUGCUGAGGACUUUAAGAAGUGUAUUGAGGGAUCAGAAGAUCAGGUGGACACAGUGGAGCUGUCCGGUGGUGCCAGGAUCAACCGUAUCUUCCACGAGCGCUUCCCUUUUGAGCUGGUCAAGAUUGUGUUUGAUGAGAAGGAGCUGCGGCGAGAGAUCAGUCACGCCAUAAAGAACGUCCACGGAGUCAGGCAAUUGUGUCUGCAGCUGAAUUCGUACCCCCGGCUGAGGGAGGAGACUGAGAGAAUUGUCACUACAUACGUCCGAGAGCGAGAGGGCAAGACAAAGAGCCAGGUUCUGUGGCUGAUUGACAUCCAGCUGUCAUACAUCAACACCAACCAUGAGGACUUUAUCGGAAUCGCCAACAACCAACAAAGGACAUUUGCGAACAAGAAAAUGCCGGUUCCGAACCAGGUGAUCCGCAAAGGCUGGCUCACCAUCAACAUCAGCUUCAUGAAGGGAGGAUCCAAGGAGUACUGGUUCGUCCUGACAGCUGAGUCUCUGUCCUGGUACAAGAAUGAAGAGGAAAAAGAGAAGAAAUACAUGCUCCCUCUGGACAACCUGAAGAUCCGAGACGUGGCGAAAGGCUUCAUGUCCUCCAAACACGCAUUCGCUAUCUUCAACACGGAGCAAAGGAACGUUUAUAAAGACCUGCGGCAGGUGGAGCUGGCAUGUGAUUCCCAGGAGGAGUUGGACAGCUGGAAGGCCUCGUUCCUCCGAGCAGGCGUGUACCCUGAGAAAGAUCAGGUCGAGGGAGAUGAAGGAGCUCCAGUAGACACCUUCUCCAUGGACCCUCAGCUGGAGGGGCAGGUGAAGACGAUACGUAACCUGGUGGACUCCUACAUCAGUAUCGUCAAUAAGACCAUCAGAGACCUGAUGCCCAAGGCCAUCAUGGACAUCAUGAUCAACAGUGCAAAAGACUUCAUCCACUCGGAGCUGCUGGCCUACCUGUACUUUUCAGGAGACCAGAACAGUCUGAUGGAAGAGUCGGCCGAUCAGGCUCAGAGAAGGGACGAGAUGCUGCGCAUGUACCAUGCCCUCAAGGAGGCGCUCACCAUCAUUGGUGACAUCAGCACCACCACCAUCUCCGUGCCUGUUCCUCCGCCUGUUAAGGACAUCUGGUUCCAGGAAGCCAGCCCCACCCCACAGCGAAGGCCGGCCAUCACAGCCCCGCCCCCUAACAGACCUCCGGCGGUGAGAGGUCCCACUCCGGGGCCACCCCCUCUAAACCCCUCCCCUGCUUUUGGUGCUCUGCUCAUCCCAUCCAGACCGGGACAGCCCAUGAAUGCUUUUGGGAACAGCAGCCAGGACCCAUUCAGUGCACCACCUCAGGUGCCUUCUCACCCAGCACGAAUCCCUCCCUGGGUGCCCAGCCAAAGACUUCCUGGUGCUCCCACCCGGCCCACUAUAAUCCGCCCUGCUGAGCCCUCCCUUCUAGACUAGACCUCCACUACAUUUAUACACACACACAAACACACGCACACACACACACACACACACACACACACAUCUGUGAAUAUGGGCACUUAAACCACUAGGUUAGAACGGGAAAGGAGGCUGCCGGGUUAGAACACUGGAUUUGUAUCUGUAUCUCCACACUGACCAAUAAACCAUCCAGCUGUUUAGUUGAUUCAGACUGUUCUCUGAUAUUUGGAUAGAAAACGCUGCUAAUUUUCUCCUGUAGGCACAAGAUUGAAAUUCCAAAUACAGGCUGUACUGUUAGCACCAUCAAUCUAACCACUAU